AUGGCCAGCGCCGCGAUGGUCGUAUACUGCUUUGACACGCUCCAGUCACACUUCAAUGACGACGUAGAGCCGACACCUUUCUUCGACGUACAGCAGGAAUAUCCGCUAUUUGUGACGUGGGAGAUCGAGGAGCACGGCGGAAUCCACUUACGUGGUUGCAUUGGGACGCUGGCGCCCACAAGAUUGCGCAAUCUACGUGAUUUUACGUUCAAGAGUGCGUUGCGUGAUCGCCGAUUUGGCCCCAUCGGGCCGCAGGAGCUACAGCGUUUGCACUGCUCCGUGUCGUUGCUCAUUGACUAUGAGGACGCCAAGAGCUACGAUGACUGGGAGAUUGGCACACACGGGAUCAUCAUCGAGUUCAGUGACUUGCGCGGUAAAGAGUAUAGUGCCACGUACUUGCCGCAAGUCGCUCGUGAACAAGACUGGACUCAUGUCGAGACAGUCACGUCUCUUAUGAGGAAAGCAGGAUAUCGUCGCAGUGUCACUGAAGCAAUGUUGAAAAGUAUCAGCGUCACACGCUACCGCAGCUCUAUUCACAAGCUCACGUACCAACAGUAUCUCUCCGUCAAACAAGAGAUACUAGAUCGUGCGUGA